GGGAGAGCGGAUACAGUGAACGCGGGGUCCGGGGAGAGCGGAUACAGUGAACGCGGGGUCCGGGGAGAGAGGAUACAGUGAAUGCGGGGUCCGGGGAGAGCGGAUACAGUGAAUGCGGGGUCCGGGAGAGCGGAUACAGUGAAUGCGGGGUCCGGGGAGAGGGGAUAUAGUGAAUGCAGGGUCCGGGGAGAGCGGAUAUAGUGAAUGCGGGGUCCGGGGACACGGGAUAUAGUGAAUGCGGGGUCCGGGGACAGGGAUAUAGUGAAUGCGGGGUCCGGGGACAGGGAUAUAGUGAAUGCGGGUUCGGGGAGAGGGGAUAUAGUGAAUGCGGGGUCCGGGGAGAGAGACGCGGAUAUAGUGAAUGCAGGGUUCGGGGAGAGCGGAUAUAGUGAAUGCAGGGUCCGGGGAGAGCGGAUAUAGUGAAUGCGGGGUCCGGGGAGAG